AUGUUUGAACCAUAUCGACCGUCUAAGACGCUGCAUGGUGCUGGCACGCAGGAGCGACGGGUACCCCCUUCCCCGUCGCCCGAAGCUGGCAUGCAGGAGCGACGGGUACCCACUUCUCCGUCGUUUGACUUGGCACUCGAAGCAUCCAGGAUGGAGCCCAUACUUUCACACGAUGAAAUACAGCGUCUUCUGGAACGGGCGCGCAAGAUGGCGGAGACAACGCAUCGAGUACAGGUGGCAAGGACGCAAGCAACUUCUUCGAUCCCAGGCUACAUGCCUGGUUCUAUUGCGGCGCAGAACCGUGGUCGGUUCGGCCGCUCAAAGUGA